AUGGAAACUCUGGAGAAACUUCAACAGGGCGGCUUGGACGACCAGAUUUGGGGAAAAAUUAUUCUGAUGGAAAAAUGCAGGCGCCUUGCAAAAGCGUAUCUGAGGCGGACAGCGAUCAUCAUUGAUGGCAGCAGCGAUGAAUAUGAUGGCAUUACGCUUGGCUUCAAUCACUUUCAAAAUACGGAUCAGGAUAAUGAAAUACGCCGCAAAAUUGGAGAUGGUGUAAUUAUUAAAGUAGACGAGAAUGGUAAUAUCAAAGCCAUGGCACGAGGCCUAGCUCCAGUAAUUGUACAGGGAUGUUGCGAUGCCACUUCGAAAUGUAUUCCCGAGCAACUGCUCGCUCAGAAUGGCCAUCUGCGAACGCUAAAAGACCGUCUAGCAGGCAUUACUGAUCAACAACGAGUUGAAAAGGUUUUCACUUUCCCAUCGACAACGUAUCUGCACUUAACUGUGAGUUUCAAAAUACAUUCGAAAGCAAAUUAA